AUGAACCACAACAGCGUGGCGGAGGGAGAAGAUGGCGGCACCGGUGCAGACGCCGCCGCCGUCGUGCCCGUGAACGAGACGCUGCUGUACCACCAGACCUUGAUCCCCACACAGAAUGUCACCCACGCCAUCGAGGGCUCCUUCACGCUGCCGGACGCGAACGACCUCGUUCUGAUCCGUCACAACGUACUCGAGCUGUGGCGACUUUACGCAGAGAACGCCAACGGCGGCGUAGAGUGUGUUUGCCGCACCCCGUUGAUGUCGGCUGUGUACGCUGCGGUGGCGGUGCCGACAAGCGCCUCGUCGAUGGCGAAGGCCGGUGGCACGGGCAGUGCCGCGUCGCCGGGCGGAAGUGUUGCCCCUGUACUCGACGACGCGACGACCACAGCGCACCGCAGUGGGGUACACUACCUCGCCGUCACGAGUGAGACGGGCUACGUGACACUGCUGCGGUACCAGCUGGACGAGCCGCCGGUGCCGACGCGGCUGUCCUACGGCGACGACAGCGACGAGGGCAACGAAGGUGUUGGUGGGAACAGUGGCGCUAGCGGCGGUGCCACGAUGCUCGUGACCACGUCCUUGAAGGGCCGCUUCAUCAAGGUCAGCGAGGUGUGCCUGGGCCGGAGCGGGGCGCGGCUGACCGUCCCUGGUGCCCGCAUGGUGGUCGACCCCGCCGGCACGGCGCUCUUGAUCACCGCGCUCAUGCGUACCAAAACGUUGGUGCCCAUCACCGCGAAUGAGACCUGGGAUCCGGUCAAGAGCGUCAACGUCGGACAAGACGACGACGACGACGCAGAGAGCGACGCUGACGGCGAUGACGAGGACGAAGACGGUGACGACGACGAUGCUGGCGAGCACCAGCGCCGCGGCCCGGUGACAGGUCGAGAGCUUCGUGCAGCCCGGCGCCGUCGGGCGGCCAAAGUGCGACGGGCCAACGGCGCCAUCAACCUCAGCACGCCAAUCGAGAUGCAGCGCCAGACCGUCCUGUACUCCGCCUGCGCCCUUGAUGGCUACCUCGACCAUGCUGUGUUCGCCGUGCUCGAGGAGGAGAUCGUCGAAGCACGCGACGCCGCCGCCGCGGCGUCCGCCAGUAACCCCGCGAACGCCGCGGCAGCCGCAGCCGAGGCGAGCGGUGGCACCUUCCUCAAGAGCAGCGGAGGCCCGAACGCGGUGGUUCAGCGCCACAAGCACUUCGUGCUCUACGCCUACGUGCCGAGCCUGAAGCAGGUGCAGCGGACGCAGCUUGUGCACGUUCCAGUGACGGCGCACCGUCUCAUCGCUGUCCCGGCCGCACCGUACGGCCCAGGCGGCGUUCUUGUCUGCACAGACACGGAGCUGAUCUGGUACGAUGUGUCCGCCACGCAACAGCAGCAGCAGCAGAACUCCGCUGCGGCGGCGAAUGGCCGCGUCGGCGUCUUCAAGUGCACCUACGCCUUCCCACGCCGCCUCGACUGCACGGAAAUCCUGUACGACCCCUCCAUCAUCCAGCACACGCUGACCUGCUUCGGCCGCCGCUUCUUCAUGCUGCUGCAAGACGAGCAGGGUGACGUGUACCGCGUCUUCUUGGAGGCCGGUGACGUGCAGCGCGCCUACGAGGCGCUUCGGACGCGCGAGCUGGCGCAGGCAAACCCAGAGCUGUUCCUGCAGCAGCAGCAGCAGCAGCAGCUAGCGGCGAACGGGGGUGUUGCGCCGGCUCCGGUGCUGCCGCCCGUUCCGAACCCGCUGUCGGUGCACUACUUCGACACGUUGCCGCCGUCGUCGGCCAUGGCACUCUUCCGGCGCGGCUUUCUGUUCAUUGGCAAUGAGGCAGGCCCGCUGCAUGGGCUGUACAAAAUCAAGAGCAACGGCUACACGGCGGAUCGCGAGUACAUCGUGAAGCGCGUGCGGCGGGAGCGGGCGCUGCCGAUGCUGUCGUCAAGCAAGGCGGAGAAGGCGGCGAAGGCAGAGGUGGAGGACGGCGCUGUGAAGAAGGAAGGCGACGGUGCCGAUCGCAAGCGUCAGCGCGCUGCGGAUGCCGCCGGGACUGCCGUCAAGCCAGAGCCGCAGGACCCGACGGCGCCGGCGACAAGCAGCGGCAGCGCCGCAUCGUCCACGCUGCCACGCAUCAAGACGGAGCAGACGGAUGGCGACGGAGACAACCUGGCGGCGGCUGCGGCUAGCGCUACCACCAUGCGGCCACCGGCCCCCUCCACAGCCACGGCGCCGGCUUUCAAAACUCCGAUGGAGGUGCGUGUCAUCAAGGUCUACCAGCCGCACCGCCGUCCUCAGCACGUCGUCCAGCUACAGAGCUUCCCGAACACGCCGGCCAUCACAAGCUUCACCUCCCACCUCACCGCCUCCACCUCCACCCCGGCGACGGCGUCGGACGGCGCUGACCACCCCACCGGCUUUGGUGGUGGGCCGGCGCCGGCGCCGGAGCAGUCGAGUGAGCAGCCGGAGAUCUACUUCAGCUACGUCGGCGGGCGUGGCGGGGAGAGCGUGCUCGUGCAGGCCCGCUACGGCUACGCCGCGAAGUUGGAAGGGCGGCAGAUGCUCCCAACCGUCUUCAGCUUCGUCAUCCCUCUGCCCUCUGCGCUGUCCAUGCAGUCCCUAGCGCACCAGCAGCAGGCUGCCAUCGAAGCAGCCGCGGCUGCAGCCGUCACGCGAAGGGCUGACGAAAAGACGCUCAGAGGCACUGGCGGUGCGGCGCGUCAGCACGCGCAGCGCUUGAAGGCGCUUCGCCAGCUCGCCGCGACCGUCAGCGGCGCUCGUGACCAGGUUUGCACCGACCGCGUGCUGCUGUGCACGCGCCAGGGCACGACGGUGUACCGCAUCGGUAGCACGGUCGAGCAGGACACCGGCUCGUCUUUCAUCACCGCAGAGCGGACGCUCGCCGCGACGACGCUGCAGUACGGCUGCGGCUACGUGCAGGUUACCCCGCGUGGAAUAAACGUGCUGAGCUGCGUCGACACCGCCGCGGGCGGUGGCGGUCGACUUGACGCAGCCGGCAGAAGAGUGCACGGCAGCGGCGAUGGCGCAGGGGCGUCAUCGGUCGUUCCAGCGAGCUGGACGCAUCCGCACGGCAGCACCGUCCUCGCUGCCGCGGUGACCCCGACGACGGUGCUGCUUUCGUUCCAUCAGCGCGGCGGCAUCGCCAGCUUCGACUUUGGCCUGGCAGGCACGGAGCUUCAGCAACGCGACGUCCUUCCCACCUUCCCGCUGGCCCCCGUUGUGGCCCUGCUGCAGCCACCGGCAAGCGCCGUAUCAGCAGCCCUCCAGCGCGAACUUCAGGCGCUCUUGUGGAACUCGAGUGCCGCGUCGCCAAGCUCGGCAGCGGCCGCUGCGGCCGCCUCGGCCGCCGCUGCGGCGGCUGCGGCUCAGACGGAGCAGCUCGCGGCCAUCGCGACCGUGAACCACGAGGUAUACCUCGUCCACCCCCGCAAGCUGCGCGAGCCUCUGGAGAAGAUCACUUGUCGUCGCAGCAGCAGCCCGGACGCCGGCUCAUCGUCGUCAGCCGAGGUGACGAUCACCUCUCUUCUCCUGACCUAUCUCGGCGACACGCGAGGCGGCAGUGACGCGGCGGCGGCGCUGAUCGGUGGCGCGGGCCCGCGCAGCGGCAGAGGCGGCAACCGUGUGCGUGGCGGCGUGGCCGCCGCCGCGGGGCGACGGCAGCUAUUCCUGUUCGUCGGCCAUAGUGACGGCAUGGUGACGCGGUGCGAGCUGAACCCGUCGUCUGCGAAGGUGACCGCGACGGCGGAGCUGUGGUGUGGCGCCCGCCCGUGCCAGCUCGUCGCAGGCGAUGGCGAAACCUAUUGCUACGUCGUCUCGGGCGAGCGGACGUGGCGGUGCGAGAUGCAGGAUAGGACGGUGAGGAUGGCGCCGUACAGCUUUCCAACGCGGCCGACGUCGUUUGCGCGGUUCGUGCUGCCGUCGCGGGUCAGCGCUGCCGCCGCGAACGGCAGCGACUCGGCGGCCCCAGGGGCGCAGGACAGCGCGAAUGAGGAGGACGAGAACGCCCUUGCCGCGGUCGAGUCCAUCACCCUCGUUCCGCGCGAGCAGCAGCAGGAGGUGGUCAUUGCCGUGCAGAACCGCGAGUUGGCUCUCUACGUGUCCAACAUCGGCGCCGGUGGUGGUGGCGCUGGUGGUGGCGGCGGCGGUGGCCCCGGCUCGGGCGGCGUGGAGUACAGCUUCCAGCACCAUCCGCUGCCGCUGGCGGGUCGCCGGCUCCUGCAGCACCCAACACGCCCAGCGUACCUCAUUCUCUGCGGUGUCGAGCACCGCAGCCAUGGCCGGCAGGAGGCAGAGCGGCACCGCGCCGAGGAUCGAGCCUUCCUCACGGCUCGCAUGGCGGACACCACGCAGGCCGAGGACCGCGGUGCACUCUACGUCGAGGGUGUAUACGGCGGCAUCCCCUACACGGCGCCGCAGCGCUCCCUUGGACGCCCCAACGCGUACCACAGUACGCUGCAGCUCUACCACCGGGAUGCCCAGCGGCUGCUGCCGCCCAUCCACUUUGAGCCCAACGAAGCGAUCACCUCCGUUGCCGUGGGAAGCUUCUUCAAGGAGUUUGGUCGCGAGCCGGUCGUCAUCGUCGGCACGGCAUCGUCGUACACGCACGGGGCGGGCUGUGGCACGGCCGCGUCGUGGCGGUAUGGCUUUCUGCGCACAUUCCGGUGCGCCAGCGGCAGCGUUGGCGGUGGUGGCGGCGGCGGCGCUGAUGUGUUGCUGAGGCUGGAGCUGCUACACAGCACGUACCUGCGGCCGGAUGAGACCGGCGGCAGCGGCAGGGAUCGUCGCUCCGGUGCCAACAGCAGUGCUGGUGCCGCUGGCGGCGGAGGCAACGGCGUGGGUGGGGACGCGAAGCCCGACUACCCCUCCGCGCUGUGCAUCUGCGAGCCGGUGGGCAUUCUGCUUGUCGGCAUGGGCGCCGCACAGGGGCUGCGCAUCUACUCGUGGGGCAAGGAGCACCUCCUGCGCCGCCGCCACCUCACCAACACGCCUGGUCAGCGCAUCACCGCCAUCGACUACGUUUUCGCGUCGCCGCCGGGCAGCAGGAACCUGAACGCGCGCAAUGUGUCCUUCUUUGCUGCUGACCUCUACCAGUGCCCGUACGGGGACGCCGAGGGCAUGCGGAUGGCGCGGGAGAAGCAGCUGCUUAUCAUCUGCGGCACCGUGAACGCCUCCGUGUUCAUUGCCGCGCUACAGCCUGGGCACCUCGCCCCCGCGGCUGCACAUGGUGCGGCGGGCGCGACGAUACCCGCCACGCCAUCGUUUCUGCUGCAGAUCAUGACCGACAGCGUACCGCGGCACAUCACGAGUGUUGUUGCGGUGGACGAGCGCACCAUCGCCGCGUCGGACCGCUUCGGGACGGUCGUGUUCUUGCGCAUCCCGGAGACCACGCGCACACAAUUCGCGCAGCCCGUUCAUCAGCUGCAGGACGCGGAGCUCAUCGCCGAGGAGGCCUACCUGCGCACCAAGCAGACGUUCCGCGAGGUGGCGCGGCACCACGUCGGUGAGCUCGUGACAGCGCUGCAUGUGCAGCCGUACGACCCCUCGCAAGGCACCGACGCGGCUCUUGCGACGAAGAUUGUGUACUACAGCACCGCACUCGGCAGCAUCGGCGCGUACGUGCCACUGCUCUCGGAAGAGGACGGCGCUCUGGCAGCCUACCUACAGCCGCUCCUGCACUCGCACAUGCGCCCGCUGCUCGGCCCGCCCCCUGCAUUGCCGCCGGCGUCGUACCUGUCGCACCAUGUGGUGGACGGCGAUGUUGCGCAGUUGCUGCGCGGCGGCGCCACGACGCCGUUCUCUGCAGCCGCGAAGGACGACAUUGCCGAGGAGCUGGAGCGGCAAGUCAAGAGGGAAGCGGCACGUCGUAACAUCUUGGGGCUGCCGAAGCGCACUCUGCCGUCUCUAACGGAGCUCAUUGCAAAGCAGCGCGCGCUACUCACCCUACCGCUGUAG